GCCCUGAGAGCUGCCUGACCGCGGCUUGCGAGGAGCACGCGCCUGUUGCGACCUCUUGCUACUUCGAGUCAGCUCCUCUUCGGGCCGCGUAGCUCGCGCGCGUCCCCCCGAGGUCGCCGCUCCGUAAUUUUGCCUCCUCCGCCGGUUCCGGACCGUACCGUGCAGAGCCCUUUUCUGACGAGCUCAUGAUGGACGAGGAUAGCGACGUCGUGCCAGACCUGAGGGACAUCGAGGCAAAACUGGGUCGAAAGGUCCCGGACAGUCUCAUUCGCUCUCUCGCAGGAGGAAAACAUCACGACGAGAAGCCGGCAGCGCCGCAUUUAGUGAACUGCAAAUUUUGCGCUAAUUCCGCGGACCUGAAAAGACUGGAGAGCAAGAUGCUCUUCCUGAAACAAGAGAUGGCAAAUCUGCGAGCCAUUGACGUGAAGCUGAUGCAGCAGCUAAUGUCAAUCAACGAGGGCAUCGAGUCCAUCCGUUGGAUGAUAGAAGACAAAGGAGGCGUUGCCAGCCAAGAUGGCAGCUUGACGGGCAGCUUGUACAGCCUUUCAGACAGCCAGGACGGUACCUCGCUGCGAGGCAGCUUCAACAGCUUGAAUGAUGGGAACAGUGACGGCCUAGAUGCUCUGUCUGUAGGUAGUUACCUGGACACUCUAGCAGAAGACCUCCCAGAUGACCCCUCACCUACGGACCUUGACUGCUUUGUGGAUAAAACUGUAAUUGACAGUGAUUCUUUCAGCAAAUCACCACUGAAACUCAGGGUGGAAUCAGAUGAAUACUACUGUUUUGGAUAAUGAUGAUAAACUAAACACGGUGGUUACAUAGACUACUGAGAUUUAUUGUGGGGAGAGACUUAAAAAUGUCUUCUUUACUUCGACAAAUGAUUACAGCUGUCAGGCUAUUUUUCCUACAUGCUUCACAUUUAUGUCAGUAUAGCUAACCAAAUAAGUCAUGUUACUUUUUACAUUGAAACCAUCUUCCUUAUGAUGUCGAUUUGACACACCUCAUCAAACAAUUGCCACUUAAUGUCACUCCAAAUUCAAGUGAAAACGUAUCUUUAUGUCUUAAUUUUUUAUCACAUAGAUUAAUUAAACAAAAUUUUUUCUAUUAUGCAGAAAGGCCGAAAGUCAUCCAAUACCUCAGCAGAGAUACCUCAGAGUACUUCUUAGCCUAAAAUUACCAAAGAAAGGCAGCAAAGCGAACAAUUUCCUUCUCUCCAUGGAACAUUCAACUUGGACUUUGUGUUAGGUCAACCAGAAUCAGAUGAUCUAAGUAAAGGAGUAGAUUAGGAUUUAGCAGCCAUUUAGAAAAUUGGACGUUUCAUGCUGAGUGAUUCAACAGCCUAAACUGCUUAAGGUAGCAAAGUGGUGAGUUGAAGUGUUACAGCAAGUGCAAUUUGCUUCCAUGCCAAAUUCUGAGCACUGCCUACUGUAUAUGUUAGCUUUUCAUUAUUUUUACUUAAAUGUUUUAACUGAUGCAAGUUCCUGAGAUAAACCCCACUCAGCAACUGUAGAAUUUAUGGCAAGUCUUACUCAAAAGAGAUUAGUUGCACAUUGAAAGCACAGAUGCUUGACUGAAAACCAAAGCAAUCUGAUUGUCUUAUAGAUAAUGUAGGCUUGAGGCAAAACCCUGUUAACACCAGAUGGGAGAUUUGUUGAUUGUGGACAUAAGUGAAGCACAUUUCCUUUGUGGGCACAUUUUAAAUCUUUGUUGUCUAAAAAAGGUUUAAUGAGAGCUAUACAUUGCUCUACAUAAAUGUGUUGUUAGUUUUAAACUCAUUAUGUUGAUUUAUUUGACAUUUGUAUUUUAUGCUGCCUGCUUUUGAAAAUGUUUUUUUUGAUUGCUGAUAACUUUGUUGUGGAAAUGAAAUAAUAUAUUGUAAUUUUCCUCCGGUUUA